AUGCUAAAUUUGUACAUUCUAUUUGAUUCCAUUCUAUUCAAAGGCAGCUUCCACUGCUACUCGACUUCAGCUUUCCAUAACCACUGCAACCGCCAGGGACCCACCAUACUUGUGGCCUACAAAAAGACUGGGUUUGUUUUCGGAGGUUACAUCAGUAAGGACUAUGCCGAGACUGGACAGGCGAUCCACGAUGAUAAGGCCUUUCUCUACAGCAUGUCUGACCAGAGAGAAAAGCCACUGCGUGUGUCCAGUACCAAUGGCCAGUACUGUUUCCCAGAUGCAGCCUAAUGUUGGUGCCUUGUGGUUUCUGAAUUGCAAUAAAGCACAGGUCAGUUGUAUCCCAGGAAAUCAUUACAAAGUCAAUGCUGCAGAGAUGUAUGGCAACAACCUGGUGUUGACAGAGUGUGAGGUCUACAGAGUGGAGGGUGAGUGACAGUCACCUAGGACACAUCUCACAUGGUACCCUACUUCCUUUAUAGCGGACUACUUUUUCUACUUUUUUUAAUGUAAUGAACAGGAUUAGAUUUACAGACCUUUCAAGAGAAACGCACUUUGGACAUCUGAGUAAGUAUUACUGUCUUUGAACAUAACCACACACAUGCCUGUACACCACAUACCAAAAAUAUAGCAAUUCAGUUAUUAUUGAAAGUUGUAGGAAUAGAGAACAGUUGAAGGAGACCAUCCAGAACUAUAGGCCUGAGGCAAAGUCAGUGGUUCAGGCCAGAGUUCUGUUGGUGGGUCAGGUCGGGGCUGGCAAGUCCAGCUUCUUCAAUUCCAUCAACUCUUUCUUCAGAGGAAACAUGCCAGGCCAUCGCUGGCAAUGCAGACAGAAGCCUCACCACACAGGUACGGUGUGUGUGUGUGUCUGUGUGUGUCUGUGUGUGUCUGUGUGUGUGUGUGUGUGUGUGUGUGUGUGUGUCUGAAAGCAACAUUUUAUGUGCUGACUAUCUUGUCUUUCCAUAGUUCCGUACCUUCUCCAUUAAAUCAGGGAAAGGCGGUAAGCCUCUACCCCAGGUCCUGUGUGACACCAUGGGCCUGGGGGAGGCUACAGGGGAGGGUUUGGACAUGGAUGACAUAGUCAGCAUAUACAAGGGCCACGUUCAGGACAGAUACCAGGUAUGUAGAGGCACAAUGCAAACAAACGGUUGAGGGGGACCAUUCGUUGGUAUCUUUUGUUGAAUGUCAUAAAACUGAUCGAUUAGACCAAGCAUUAUGAAUGGUCAAAGGGCGACAGAGUCGUGCCGAUGCUGACAAUAUACCAUAACUAGAUGGAAUCCCACACUGCCUGAACUUUGAUAUCCUGUGGUUGUAUUGCCUUUCACAAUAGAAGAAACUUGAGAAAGUUCUGACAGCAAAGUAGCAAGAUGUCAGGCUUUCAUAUUUAACAAGUUCAGUUCACCCUAGAACGUUGGACCAGUUCUGGAAGAUCCCUGACUCAUAAGUCUGUCUCUGUUUGUCAUUUACAGUUUAACCCCAUGGCUCCCUUGCAGCCGGAUGUAUCUGGAAAUCGCAAGCAUGCAACUCUGAACGACCAGAUCCACUGUGUGGAGGACGUGGUGGACGCCAGCAGUUUCUCUGAUGUCUGCUAAGAUGGUGGAUAAGUUGGCUGCUAUCCGCAAGAAGAGCAAUCAGAAACCGUGCCAGGGAAAUAAAACCAAUGCAUCGAUUGCUGUCAUACCUUGUCCAUAGACUGCUUACAGGGUUAGGAAACCAAUGUGUCAUUUUGUAAUUUGGGUGAAAUAUUCCUUAAGGUAAUUCCUAAAUGUGUUUGUGUGUCUUUCAGACCCAGGAGUUGA